UCUAUGUUUUUUCUCAGACGAAAAACAAGAUGGCUGCGCCCAUAGGAGUCAGAUUGUCAAGAUUAUUUUUAUCGGAAACAAGACCAAUAUAUUCACUAUUUUCACGAUCAACCGUCUGGGACAGUAGAUUUAUUGAGCCGACCAAAUCUGUUGAGGAAAUUCAUAAUCCUUUAGCUGCAGAUGAUGAAAGGAGGUUCCACAAAAUAAAACCAGCUUCAUUAGACACAUAUACAUUUGCAGAUUAUGACCCAGUUCUUCAGAAAUUUUCUAACAUGCUGAUGAAAGAUGGGAGAAAGCAAAUGACACGAGAAAUUAUUGCCAAGACGUUCCAGUAUAUAAAACACGUUCAGUUGGAGAAAUAUCACACGGAAAAAGACGAGGUAAAAAAGAACGCCAUUGAGCUCGAUCCCUUCGUCAUUUUCCACACGGCAUUAGAAAACGGGAAACCAAUUCUUAUGACAAAGAAAGUUCGCAAGUCAGGGCAGAAAAUACAGGUUCCUGUCCCGUGUCCACCCCGCAGAGCCACUUUCCUGUCGAUGCGGUGGCUCAUUAAAGCCUCAGAGGACAAGAAAAAACAAAGAAGAUUGCAUGACAAACUCGGACAAGAAAUUAUAAAUGCUUUCAAUUUUGAGGGUGGGUUGAUACGUAAAAAGCAAGAAAUGCACAAGAUAUGCGAAGCAAACAAAGCAUUAGCAAGUCUCGCAUACUGAAUAGGACAAUGUUUGGGAGUGUUGGAUAUAUAAUGUACCUAGUGGAAUUUUGUGCGAUACUGAAGUUUCAUGGUUGGUUUAAAGGCCUCGUGUUGUCACAAUACUUCUGCUUGGUUCUUCAAGACUUAGUAAUAACUUGACCAGGUAGCUGUAUCAUUGAUAUUAAAGCAGCGAGACCAGAGAGGGGAUUUUUAUAUUGAUGAUUGUCGAUUUAAAGGAAUAACAAUCAAGUUUGUAUCAAAACAGAUUUCUAUGACUAUAAAUUGUAUGAAAUGAUU